AUGUCUACAUUUGGCUACAGAAGGGGACUUAGUAAAUAUGAAUCCAUCGAUGAAGAUGAACUUCUGGCCUCCCUCUCAGCUGAAGAGCUCAAGGAGCUUGAGAGGGAGCUGGAAGACAUUGAACCUGACCGAAACCUUCCUGUGGGGUUAAGGCAAAAGAGUCUGACAGAGAAAACCCCAACAGGAAACUUCAGCCGAGAGGCGCUGAUGGCAUAUUGGGAAAAGGAGUCCCAAAAACUUUUGGAGAAGGAACGGCUUGGGGAAUGUGGAAAGGGCACUGAACUCAUUCCAGAGAGGCCUAGAUUGGCAAAACUGGAACAAAAUGAGUCAAGAAGUCAACAUGCUAAAAUGUUCUUGUUCUAUUUUAUUUACAAUGGCACAUGUAGAGGUCAAAGGGUAGCUUUGUGCAGUCAAUUCUCUCCUUUUACCUUUAUGUGGGACCCAGGGGUUGAACUCCAUUGGGUUUAUGCUGUUGCAGAAGAAGACAAGGAAGAGAGUGAGGAGGAACUAAUCUUCACAGAGAGCAACAGCGAAGUCUCCGAAGAAGUGUGUACAGAAGAGGAGGAGGAGGAGUCUCAAGAGGAAGAGGAAGAAGAGGAAGAAGAGGACAGUGAGGAAGAGGAAGUGACAACGGAAGCCACAAAACAUAUUAAUGGAACUGUAAACUACAAUAGUGUUAAUUCUGAUAACUCUAAGCCAAAGACAUUUAAAAGUCAAAUCGAAAAUAUAAAUUUAACCAAUGGCAACAGUGGAGGAACACAGAGGAACACAGAGUCGCCAGCUGCCAUUCACCCCUGUGGAAAUCCCACUGUUAUUGAGGAUGCUCUGGAAAAGAUUAAAAACAAUGACCCUGAUACAACAGAAGUUAAUCUGAACAAUAUUGAGAACAUCACCACCCAGACCUUAUCCCGAUUUGCUGACGCUCUCAAGGAGAACACCUUCGUGAAGACAUUCAGUCUGGCCAACACGCACGCUGAUGACGCGGCAGCGAUCGCCAUUGCAGAAAUGCUCAAGGUUAACGCGCACAUUACCAGCGUAAACGUGGAGUCCAACUUCAUCACUGGCAAGGGGAUCCUGGCCAUCAUGAGAGCCCUGCAGCACAACACAGUGCUCACGGAGCUGCGCUUCCACAACCAGAGGCACAUCAUGGGCUCGCAGGUGGAGAUGGAGAUUGUCAAGCUGCUCAAGGAGAACACCACGCUGCUGAGGCUGGGCUACCAUUUUGAGCUCCCAGGACCAAGAAUGAGUAUGACGAGUAUUUUAACAAGGAAUAUGGAUAAACAGAGGCAAAAACGCAUGCAGGAGCAAAAACAGCAAGAGGGGAAUGAUGGAGGAGCUACUCUUAGGACCAAAGUCUGGCAAAGAGGGACGCCUGGCUCUUCUCCGUAUGCAUCUCCGAGGCAGUCUCCCUGGUCAUCUCCCAAAGUCUCCAAGAAAGUCCACAAUGGGAGGAGCAGACCUCCAUCUCCUGUGGCCCCUCCUCCACCCCCUCCGCCUCCCCCUCCUCCUCUUCCUCCCCACAUGCUGCCUCCUCCCCCUCCUCCCCCUGCUCCUCCACUCCCAGAGAAAAAGCUCAUCACCAGAAACAUUGCAGAAGUCAUUAAACAACAGGAAAGUGCUCAGCGGGCCCUACAAAAUGGACAGCGAAAGAAAAAAGGGAAAAAAGUUAAGAAACAGCCAAACAAUAUUCUAAAGGAAAUUAAGAAUUCUCUGAGGUCAGUGCAAGAGAAGAAAAUGGAAGACAGCUCCCGACCCUCUACCCCACAGAGAUCAGCUCAUGAGAACCUCAUGGAAGCCAUUCGAGGGAGCAGUAUAAGACAGCUACGGAGGGUCGAAGUCCCCGAAGCUCUGAGAUAGGAUGAUCUGUAGAAGAGGACCCGGAACUGUUUUGUGGUGUGGCCCGAGGUGCAUUGUGAGCUGUUUCCAAAAUGCCUUCUUUAAUUUGAAAUAUUUCCCAACUUCAAAGAUAGUGUCACUAUGGAAUUCCGAAGCGAAUUCUAAGAAGCAAUGAGCAUGUUUCUUCUGUAAAUAUGAAAAUAAAUUUCUUUUUUUUUAUGUUGUAAGAUUCAUAUGGGCAGCAAACCUUGGAAGAUCUCUUUCCAUCUCUGGUAUCUCAGUUACUGAGCUCAAAUCACGUAAAGAAAUGUGCUAUUAUUUUUGUAAUCCCAAUAACCUUAGAUUAAAUUUCUUUUUUCUUUUUUUUAAAGAGAAACUAAUAUUUUUUUGUGAGUUAAUAUAUCUGCUGGGUAUAUGUAAUACUGCUAAAUAUUAAAAUCAUUAUGUUCUCACACCAAAA